CUGUGGCGGUGCAAAACGUGACGGCACCGCCGCCGCCGCCGCCGACGCUGACGCCGGCGGGAAAUGCAGCAAGUAGCAGUGGAAACGGUAAACACACAACGAAACUUGUUCCUAUAACUACUGUUCCUGUGGGUACUGGAGUGGCGAUUGUUCUCUUCGGCCUUUGCAUUUAUCUACUGAUGCGUAAACAAGGUAGAGAUGCGCAAAAUAAAAAGAUCGGGUCCAUAUCGUUUGAUCUGAAAACGCUUUGUACCGCCACAAAUAACUUCUCUAUUCAAAAUAAGCUUGGAAGCGGUGGAGCUGGAAUGGUCUACAAGGGAACGCUGCCGGACGGACGAGAAAUAGCAGUGAAGAGGUUUUCAGGAGCCUUGCAUCAGGGGAUAACAGAGCUGGGGUUUAUCGUCUUGAUUGCGAUGGUUGAGCAUCCAAAUCUUGUCAAAUUGAUCGGCUUUUGCUAUGAAAAAAUGGAGAUGCUUCUAGUCUGCGAAUAUCUGCCCAACAAAAGUCUAGACAACUACUUAUUCGACCCCAACAGGCGAGCACAACUGGAGUGGCGAACGCGCUACAUGAUCGUCAGAGGAGUCUGUCGAGGUCUUCUUUACCUUCAUGAAGAUUCACAGCUGACGAUCAUCCAUCGAGAUCUGAAAGCAAGUAAUAUCUUGCUUGAUAAGGACAUGAAUCCUAAAAUUGCAGAUUUUGGCCUCGCAAAGCUUUUGGGCCGCGAUAGAACCCACGAAAUCACUAGAAAAAAUGGUGGCACAUUAGGAUAUAUGGCACCUGAAUAUUACAAUAAGGGGCAAUUUUCGAAGCAAUCCGACGUAUAUAGCUACGGUAUACUGGUCUUAGAGAUUGUAACUGGAGAAAGAAACAGUGAAUUUGAAGGAUCAAGCGACGCUCUGUAUCUUUCAACCUAUGUAUGGAAACACUGGAGAAAUGGGAAGGGACUAGAUGUCGUCGAUAAAAGUUUAGGUAAUCUGUAUGAACAAGACGAAGCAUUAAAAUGCAUUCAGAUUGGGCUACUUUGUGCGCAACAUGACCGCACAAAGCGACCCAGCAUGAGUCAAGUCUCAUCCAUGCUCGAUAGUCCCAAUGAGAUAUCGAAACAACCGUGCGAGCCUGGGUACGCACCAGUGCUUGACAACAGCAUAGUUAUUAGCUCACCCGAACAAGAACAAGCGCUAUUCGAUACAUACAGGGACGUUCAAGAACGACAAACCGUGUAGGCUACAAAGGUUUUAGUUCUCCCGUAAAUUUUCUCUGGAGGUGAAGUACUUCAUUUCGCAUUCCAAAUUAGUUCAAUUUUUGUAUUUCUGAAAAUUGUGGUAAAAUGCUUCAGAAGCUGAGCCCAGGCUACCAAUAUGCAGUUGAAGAAACAAUUUCAGUUUAUUGAGAUGUCUGAUUCAAAACUUUAAUCGUUACUUCAAGUGGCUCGCAUUUGGUUAAUGU